AUGAAAGAUGCGUUACAUGGCUUGUACACAUUUUCUUUCUUACAGUUAGGAAUUAUUCACCACAGACCAAAAUCAUAUAAACUUCAAACAUCUUUAUUUCCACUUAUGGUUACUUCUAUAUCUGCUGAAGAAUUUCAACGUUUUCAAUCUCAAUUACUUGAUUUACGUGAAGCACAAAUUAUAGCAAAUGAUGCAAAAUUACGUGCAGAAAAACGUAUUAAACAAUUAGAAGAAGAAUUAAUCUAUACACAAUCAGCAUUAACUAAUGCUCAAUCUACAUUUUCUAAUAGUAAUAUACAUUUAGAAGAAUUAAAACAAGAGAAUAAAUUAUUACGUGAUAAAUUAUUGAAUACUGAAUCAUCAUUUCAAUUACAAUCAUCUACAUUAAAAGCUGAAUGUUAUCGUUUGACUAAUGAAUUAGAUAAAUUAUCACAACAAUUAUCAUCUAAUCAUAUAGAUACUACUUAUACUACUAAUAGUAGUAGUAGUAGUCGACAAGAUGAUAAAAUUCAAUGUUCAAAAUCUUGUCAAACAAUUAUCAUUACCUUCCAUCAUCAAUCAAUUCAAACUGAUAAUAAUGAUAAUAUAAAUCAAGAAAUUCCUACAUAUCUAAUUGAAAAUAUAGAAAAUCUUACAAAUUCAAUAAAACAAGCUAAUUCAACACAUGAUAAAUUAAAACAAACCAUUGAAUAUUUAAAUCAUAAAGUUGAUGACCUUGAAACUCAAUUAUCAUUGGACAUUUUAAAUUAUCAACAAACUAUUGAAAAAUUAACUAAUGAAAAUAAAACAUUAUUAAUUGAUUUAAAUAAAUCUCAAGAUCAAUAUAAUCACUUGGUGACAAUUGAAAAUGAAUUACGUAAUCAGAUAGUGAUUAUAAAACGUCGUAGUGAAAAAUUAAAUUAUGAAUUAAGACGUCAAUUAAGUCGAUUUAUACGUAAUCAACAACAAAAUAGUGAUAUUGAAUUAUCAUCAUUUAUAAAAUUAAGAAAAAAUUCAUUACAUUCAUCAUCAUCUUCAUUAUCUAGUAAUAAUAAUAAUAAUAAUAAUAAUAAUAAUAAUAAUAAUAAUAAUAAUAAUAAUAAUAAUAAUAAUAAUAUAAUCUUAGGUACUUCAGCGACUGAUGGAAUAUCUAAUGAAGUUAUAAAUGAUUCAAUAAUGAAUGAUAAAUCAUCUAAUGUUUCUAUGAUGAAAAAAAAUAGCAGCGGUGGUUUUCAUGAAAUGCCUCAAGGAUUUUUUUCAACAGCUGAUUUUAAAGCCAUAAUCGAUCGAAUGUCAGAAGUUCAAGAAGAAAAUUGUACUCUUCGAAGAUGUAAAAAACGUUUAGAAGCAGAUUUAAUGGCUAAAAGUAGAGUUAUACAAAAAGGAUUAGAUAAUUAUCUUCAAUCUCCAUUACUUUAUCAUGGUAAUAAUGACGGUAUCACUGUUACUACUACCUCAAUAUCAACUCCAGCAGUAUCCUCAAGUCAGUAUCGAUCAGUUCCGUCAAAUAUCUCACCGUAUACGCCUACAACUAUUUCAUCGUCAUCAUCAUCAUCAAAUUUCCCCAAUUCAACAACAUGGUUUCCAUUCUUAAAAAAUCUCACCUUAACAUCAGAUUCAUCAACAUUAACAUCGUCGUCAGCAUCAUUAUCCAGUGUGAAUAUACAAACAGUUAAUCGAUUAAAACUCAUGUGUGAACAAUUAAUGACAGAGAAUAUUGAAUUAAAAGAGAAAUUACAAAGUAUACCAUAAUCAAUUUAUGUCCUGAUCCCAAUAGAUAAAUAAAAUUGUGUAUAUGUGUGUGUUUGUAUGUAUGUAUAUAUAUAUGUAUAAUUCCAAUGUUGUUGUCGUGAUUGUAUGUUUUUAUUUACUUUUCGAUGCUUUUGAACUUUGAGUGAUCUUCUUUUACUUUCUUGUUACUUAGAUCUCAUUAUUGAUUUAUUGUUUCUAUGGUGGAAAAACACAGAUUAUUUACUUACUUUAAAAUAAAAUCUAAUUUCUGUCUUCUUUUUUUAAAACAAUGUGUAUCUUUGUAACUUGGUUCUGUUAACAAAUAAGAGCCCUAGUGUUUAGAUAAUUUGUACAAUAAAAGGAAAGAAUCUCUGUAAGUAAUAUGUACUAUUUUUUGUUUGUUUUAAUUUGAGAUUAUUUUAUUUUGUGUGUGUGUGUCUCGGUGAUAUAUAUAUAUACACUCACACACACACGUGCACGUAUAUACAUAUAAAUAUAUAUAUAUAUAUAUAUAUAU